AAGUAGUUGUAUAAAGUAACGAUUGCGAUAGAAAAUUUCUACAAUCAAUAAAUUUCGACAUCAAGUUUUUCGUUGCGCUAAAAAAUUUUACAAAUAUCAAAGUUCAAGCAAGAGAAAAAUAUCUCGCAACAAUUUAAAAAAAUAACUACAACUAUAAAUAGCAAGGAAAAUAAAAGAAAAAUAAGAAAUAUACAAAGAAAAAGCUCAAUAUAUUAACGAGGGCGGUAGAGAAGAAAGAAAAUACUAAGUUUCUUUUUUUAUAAACUGAAAAAUUUUAUAUAAUAGGUGAUUUUAUAAAACUACGAGAAUGUCUUUAUUACGAUUAUUUGCAAAUAUGUAUGAUAUGGAUUUUGUAGAACAUUUAUAAAACACAAAGUGUUUGGGAAUAAAAGUGUAUAAAAGGUGUUUUCGAUUAUUUAAUAACGAAAACACAAAAACAAAGAAAUCUUUUUAAAAAAAAAGUUAAUUAUAAUAAACAAAAACAGUGUGUGUAUUAAGUGAAAUCAAGGGCAAACGCACCGAUUAACAAAAAUACAAAAACCUAACAAACCAGAAAGAAAAAAACUAUACCAAGACGCCAUUUUGAAAAGUAUAAACCAUACACAAAACAGGAUUUUGUUGUGAAUCAAUCAAGCAAAAACCAUUAAUAAACGUAAAAAUAUCCAAUUAGAAUUCUGUAGAGCGGCGAGAGAAAUCAAACAUUUCGGUAGAUUCCUCUUUUGUGACUAGUGUAAUGUUUACUAAGCAACACCACAAACAACAACAACAGCAACCAAAAUCGAACAACAUUUACAGAAUAAACGACAAAAGAGCAGCAGUUAAGAAAAGAAUCCUCGUCCAUCCCUCGACCAUGUUCAGAAACUUCAAUUGCCAAUUGACGACCUACUCAUCAUCGAUAACGGCAAUGAACAACUGUAAUAGACAAAGCGCUGCCCUUAGAAUCAUUUGCCAGCAACCGUGGUUUAUAAGAGUCCAAGCCUAAGUAGUGACAGCGACCUUUUAAUCUUUUAAAUUGAUCGAAAACAACAAAAUUUAACCUUUUUCCAAGGUUCAAGGUCGUACUGUCCUCUUAACUUAGAUUGUUAAGUUAUAUGCAUCGUUAAAAACAAGGAUUUCAACACAAACAAAUAAAUAAAUAAAUAUCUUUAAAAUUACCAGAACAAAUUAUUAAACGAACAAAAAGUUCCAUUUGACUAGAUUUUCACUAGUAAUUGGUGGCGCCACAACGAUCAAAAAAGUAAGUUUCUAUAGGAGCUUUGAUCGUUCUAAAAGGAUUUUACCUGAAACGUAACUUCCUUUCGUUUUGUUGGCAAAAAGCUUAUAGACGUCCAGAACUUUAAAACCAAUUAGCAAUAUGAAACUUUUGGAAAGUUCUCGCUUUGAAGCCAUUAAUAAUGCCUUGUCCAUUGGCUCGGGCAGUAGCACCAUUUUUGGACGCAUAGAGUCCUACUCUUGCAAAAUGGUUGCCGCUGAUAAAGCUUUGUACAAGCGCUUUACGGCUGAGACUCACGGCUAUGGACCGCAUGAUUUGCAGGCUCUAUCGCCACCCCAAACAUUGGUUGAUAUGUCGCCGAAUUUCCAUCGCAACAAUAGCCAGUCGGGGGAUGAGGGUGUCAUUUUGUGUGACACUAUAUCGCGCAAGACUUUAUUCUAUUUGAUUGCUACUUUGAAUGCAUCAUUUGAACCAGAUUAUGAUUUUUCGGAUGCAAAGAGUCAUGAAUUUAGUAAGGAACCGUCACUACAAUGGGUUAUGAAUUCGGUUCAUUCAAAUUUAUCGGCUUUAGCUGGUGACCAAUAUCAAGGAUUACGUCAACCAUUAUGGUCGGCCAUUGAUGAUGAAAUCAAUUUGCAGGAAUGUGACAUUUAUAGUUAUAAUCCUGAUUUGAGUUCGGAUCCUUUCGGUGAGCCCGGCUGCUUAUGGUCAUUCAAUUAUUUCUUCUACAAUAAGAAAUUGAAACGUAUUGUUUUCUUUACAUGUCGUGCUGUAAAUUCUUUAUAUGCCGGUGAAACUUCAGAUUUCUCCAUGGAAGAAGAAGGCUAUUAAAUUUAGCAAUAUAAAUAAAACUGUAAUACAUAUACAGUCACAGCUAGCUGUUUACCUAUUAAUGUCACACAAUAUUUUUUAACCCAAACAAUACAAUUUGUGUCACCUACAAAAAAAAUCACACUGAUGUUUUAUAUAAGUUUGCUGCAAAAAAAACUAAUAAUAAAAAAGCAAAGAAAGCAAAACUAAAAAAACCCUACUACCCAUUCAAGUAAAUGGUAGUUAUACAUAAAUAUUUAACCUGAAAAAAUGAUCCUUAUGUUUGAAAUCUUUAACUUGUUGGUGUAUUUAUGGGCUCGAAGGCAGGUGAGAGCUGCGGUGUGAGAAUUCGUGCCUCUAAGUACACGCGAUGCCAAUUGAAUUAUUAAAUAUUAUAUCUAUUAUUAUUAUUAUUCUAUAUAUUAUUUUCUUUUAUUUUUAAAUAUAUUUUGCUCCUGAUAACAUAAAAAUAUUAAAAAAAAA